AUGAAGACGCCGGGGGAGGUCUACGAGGAGAUUAUUGUCUCCCACCAGGAGCUCGAGCGCAUCCCGGCAGACGUCCACCUCUUCUGCCCACGCACAAGUGACGACGACCAAGAGGACUACGACGACCCGACCGCCGGCGGGGCCGCUCUGACACCCGAGGAGAAGCUUGCCCGCCAGGACCGCCUCGACGAGGGCCGCCGCCGCUUGCAGCUGACGUCCUGGGCAUCACUCAUCCUGGGUAUCAACCGCGAUCAGGCCGACCGUUGGCUGGGCGACUGGAUCAGACGAACUGAGACUUUCCUCGUCAAGUGUGAUGGCUGCGUGCGGGCCUGGCACAUGGGGCGGAAGGCCCUCAAGGACCGCCUGUUGAAAGAAUUCGACGAGGAGACAGCCGAUAUCAUGGAGCGUCGCUUACAUGCCUACGAUACCGACCGCAUUACACGCGGCCUGCGACGAGCCGUGGAUCUGCUGGAGAAGCACGGGCCCAUGUCGUCGGCCAAGUUAGUUGCCCUAGAUGCUCCGGCUGUGCUUGCGUUUUACGAGGCCCUGUGCUGCGUGGAGUUUCUCAGCCUGCCCGACAACCGCAAGCUCUUCAACUACGUUUUCCAGAAAACCCAGGAGAAGAAGCCGCUCAAGAUUGCCUCUGCGGUUAUCCCCACAAUGACCGUCUUCCUGUUCCAGGCCGAUCCGCUGCGUUGCACAUUCGCCCGCACGGCCUGGGAGCGCCGGCCGCCGCAGUCGCUGACACCCGAGCAGUUCGAUUGGGCCGUCAGCGACCACCUGGCCGAUGCCAUUGAGGCCGUCAGCCGGCCGGAUGCCGCCGAUGCAGAUGUGGAGCUGUUUUGGGACGGCUUUUUGCUGCUGCUCGACGCCAUGAGCCCAGACCUGGUGCUGCACAGCCUGCGCGGCAUGCAAAUACCCAUUGACGUCUACCAGCUGACUGUCAAGCACAUUUCUGAGCGCGCCUCGCCUCAGGUCUUGGCCCGGGUCCUGCGUGCCCUCUGUGCCCUCAUGGACAAGUCGUCCACGGCCUUCUGGGACGCCCUCUCUCUCAUGAACCCCCCGCAGCUGCCCAUGUUUGUGUUUGCGAGCCCAGCGUUUGCACCUUUCCUGGCCCGCUCCUUUGAGCCGGCUAUGCAGCUCGUUCCCGACGACAGCGGCACUGUCACCCGCUUGCGUCUGCCGCUGCUCGUCGCGUUUGUGCAGUCCUUGAUGCGUUCGCUGAACCGCAACCAGCGGGCAGACGUGUGCGAUUAUUUCCUUACUAUUUUUCUGACAAGCACGGCCUCUCCUGCUGUCACCGCUACGCGCGAGGGCCACUCCACCUGCAUUGCUGCUGGAUUGAAUGCCCUGCAGAUGACACUCGACGGCUAUCUCGACUCCCGCUAUCGCCUGACGGCCGAGAGUGCCCUCUUUGUCAACACCGUCAUCAACAACACCGUGAAGCACCAUGACUACGUCGUCCGCUCGGCUAACCUGCAUCCUGGCGAUCGCUAUAACAUUGGCCUGUCCCAGGCCGCGGUCGGCGUUGUCGAGUCUGCUCUGGCCCUGGAUACUCGAGCGAUCCAGGACGAGUGGAUGGCCCUGCAGCAGAAUGGUCGUGUGCCAACAGGCGAGAACGAGCGCCGUUCCAACAAGUUGUGGGACGGCUUUCGCGGUGCUCUGGCGCCGGGGCGGCUUGAUCUGGCCCGCGUCAUGUUGGCAGCCACACUGUCUUUGCGCGGCAUCCAGCGCUUCGCCCCCAAGAAACGCCAGCUGGUUGUCGAAGAUGCCUCCAAGCGCCGCUUCAAUGACGAGCUCGACCACGCGGCCGAGGCCAUUGCCGCCACGGUUGCCCGGGUCAGCGAGGCUCUGAACCGCAAGGACUUGCAGCAGCUGCUGAGUGCCGACGCACAGAGCCGUGCGAUGGACGCUGUCGCCGCGACCCUCGUUCAUGCCGAGGAUGCCAUCCGCGAGGCCGGUGUGCAGCUGAUCAGCACUCUCGUCGACGAGGACAGCCGCUCUGAUGCCAUUGCCAAGAUGGUUGCUGACUAUCCUGUGGCCUUUUUGACCUCAUUUGCCGAUUCCGUCAGCUACUUGACUGGCGGUGACGACCAGCUGCGCUGGCUUCAGCAACAGCAGCAGCCCACUGCGCAGGCAUCGGCCGCGGUGUCUCCCUUUGAGCCCAUGCGCCACAUCUUCCGCUGUAGCAAAGACAUUCUGAGUGGGCUGUGCGACACAUCGAAUGGUCUUCUGCGGUCGCGACCUCUGACGCCCGACGAGCGACAGGCCGUGAAGCGCUGGUGGACCAUGGAGUGGCAAUUUGUCGACCACUCCUUUUUGCGCGCCCGUUCCUGGAGCGAGGAUGUUGACAAGUCGGUCAUGGAGAACUAUUGCCGCGACGUCAUGGAGUUUGCCGAGCAGCUCAUGGCCCAGGAUGGUCUGAUUGCGUCUGCAUUGGGCGGGAGUGGCAGCAACAACAACAGCGGCCGAGCCAGUCCGAGCAACGUGGACAGCAACGCUGUGCCUGCAUCGUCUUUUUCGCUUCCGUUUACCUCGACAGCAUCUACGACCACAACUGCGACCACGCCUUCGUCCAACAAGGACAAGUGCAUGGAGGAGGUCCUCGACGCACCCCGCAAGUACUCCAUGGGUCUCUUUGAGAUGAUCCAGCUGCGUGACCUGUAUCUCGUGCGCAUCAUUGUGCAAAUCCUGGUCAAGCUGUUUAGCCGCCUCAAGGAGCACAACAUGAAGUUCCCGGACAAGUUUGUCAACGCCAUCCGCAACACGUAUACGCCUCACGCACAGCUUAAGAACAAGUUCCGGGUCAAUACGAACAUGGACAACACCCAACGAGCCGAACUAAUGCGUGCCAUUGGCGACGGGGCAGACGAUGACGACGAUGAAGACGUCGAGAUAGUGUCUUGGGGAGCCGCAAAGUCGAGCACCGCUGCUGAUGCCGCCAAAAAAAAGCAGACCUCCCUGGAAGCGUGGUCUCGCGCGGGCACUGGAAUGGCCGCCUCUCGAUCCGCAUCACCGGCCGUGCCUCCUUCGUCGCUCACUAGCAAAGAUGCGGCGUCGCAAUUGACCCCUGGACUGAACAAGCACCGGGCGUUGCUGGAUAAGCUCAAGACGACGGCAGCGGCCAAACCCGACCACACAGCUCAGACGGCUCUUCUGGCCAACAGAGCAGCGAUUCGCGACAAACGGGCGCGCGAGAAGGCCGAAAUGGACAAGAGCAAGGCCGAGGCCGUGGCAAAGGCACGUGCUCUGCGCGUGUCCGUCAAAAGCGACCUCAUGGUCGACUCAGAAGAGGACGACGCCGACGACGAUGACGGCGACGACGACGGCAUGGCGGCCCUUAUCCAACAGAGCAAGAAGAGCGACCAGAUGAUGGACGAUGCGGUGCGCCGGCAGCGCCAGAACAUGCUGCAAAAGCCCGAGCCCGUCAAGAAGAAGAAGCUGCAGCGGUCCGCCAAGGACAUGCGCGCCCGCAUCAUCCCCAACAUGGACCGCCUGCACCAGGCCAUCCUCGAGUGGGACAUCUUUUACGAGGGCAACGAUCCGCCCAACACGGGCCAGUGCGAGGCUGUGGCGGACGGAUACCCGUCCCCGGCCGAGUACAAGCGCACCUUCUUCCCGCUGCUGAUCAACGAAGCGUGGCGGUCCUUUGUGACGGCCAAGGACGAGAGCACGUCCAAGGCGUUUGGCAUCAAGGUCAUUACGCGCAUCUCGGUCGACAAUUUUCUGGAGGUGAGCACGGGCAUGACGCUGCCGCCGAACAAUGAGGGCGGGAAUGGCAACGGACAUGGAAACGGAAACGGAAACGGCGACAGGGUGGUGAGCGAGGGCGACAUUGUGCUCCUGUCCAAGGCGCAGAACCCGUUGACGGGCCGGACCGAGCCGCACUGCCUGGCUCGUGUGUACAAGACGGCGUACAAGCGCAACACGGUCGAGGUGACGUACCGGCUCAACAGCCGUGGCAAUCAGAUAGUGCCGAUAUUGCUGCCGGGUGCCGAGCUGAAAGCUGUCAAGAUUACCAACAUGACGACGAUUGAGCGCGAGUUUGCGGCUCUCGAGAGUCUCCAGUACUACGACCUCAUGGACGAGGUGCUCAAGGCGACGCCGUCGCCGAUGCUGAGCUUUGGCGACGCAGCCAUCGACGACUUGGCGCGCAACUACGAUCUCAACCGGGGCCAAGCGCUGGCGAUUAUGCACGGCAGGGCCAACGACGGCUUCACGCUCGUGCAGGGCCCGCCCGGUACGGGCAAGACCAAGACGAUUGUGGCCAUGGUCGGCGCGCUGCUGACGGGCACCAUCAAGAACAAUGCGGGCGCCGUGGCCAUGAACCGACCAGGCAACGCAGCUGCCAACAACGACAGCACGAUCAAGAAGCUUCUGGUGUGCGCGCCCAGCAACGCCGCCGUGGACGAGCUGGUGCUCCGUCUCAAGGCGGGCAUCAAGGAGUCGACGGGCGUGACGCGCAAGAUCAACGUGCUGCGCCUGGGCCGCUCGGACGUGAUCAACGCCGGCGUGCGGGACGUGACGCUCGACGAGCUGGUCAAGGCGGAGGUGGCUCGGCAGACGUCGUCGACGAUUACGGCCGUGGGCAAGGAUGGCAAGCCGGUGGAAGGCGCCGCCCCUGUGAGCGACCGCGACAAGAUGCACCAGCGGGCGGGCGAGAUCAAGGCGCAGCUCGCCGCGCUGUUUCCGGCGCUGGAGGCAGCGCGAAGCGACGACAGCGCGGACCGGGGCAAGCUCAACCAGCUGCAGCGCGAGGUCGACCAGCUGCGGUCCGAGCAGCGGCGCAUUGGCGCGCAGAUCGACCGCGACAAGGAGAGCGGCAACACGUACGCGCGUGAGGCGGAGAUUAAGAAGCGGCAGAUCCAGCAGAAGAUCCUCAACGACGCGCACGUGCUGUGCGCGACACUCAGCGGCAGUGGCCACGAAGUGUUCAAGAACCUGAAUGUCGAGUUCGAGACGGUCAUCAUCGACGAGGCGGCGCAGUGUGUGGAGCUGAGCGCACUGAUCCCGCUCAAGUACGGCUGCGCCAAGUGCGUCCUCGUGGGCGACCCCAAGCAGCUGCCGCCCACGGUGCUGUCGCAGUCGGCGGCGCGGUACGGCUACGACCAGAGCCUGUUUGUCCGCAUGCAGCGCAACCGGCCCCAGGACGUGCACCUCCUCGAUACGCAGUACCGCAUGCACCCCGAGAUCAGCCUGUUCCCGAGCCAGCAGUUUUACGAAAAGCGCCUCAUCGAUGGCGAGGGCAUGGCGCAGCUGCGGCGGCAGCCGUGGCACGGCGACGGCGACGGCGACGACAAGAACGGCAGCGCGUCGCUGCUUGGCCCGUACCGGUUCUUUGACGUGGAGGGUGUGCAGGAGCGCGGCGCGCGGGGCCAGUCGCUGGUCAACGAGAACGAGAUCCGCGUGGCGCUGCAGCUGUACAGGCGGUUCAUGGGCACGUUUAGCAGCGGCGGCAGGGCGUUUACGGGCAAGGUGGGCAUCAUCACGCCGUACAAGGCGCAGCUGUAUGCGCUGAAGGCGCGGUUCUCGGACCAGUACGGUCCGGGCGUGCUGGACACGGUCGAUUUCAACACGACGGACGCCUUCCAGGGGCGCGAGUGUGACGUCAUCAUCUUUUCGUGUGUGCGUGCCAGCCCGACGGGCGGCAUCGGUUUCAUGACGGACAUUCGGCGUAUGAAUGUCGGCCUGACGCGGGCCAAGUCGUCGCUGUGGAUUCUGGGCGACUCGCGUGCCCUGCGGCAGGGCGAGUUCUGGCGGGCGCUGAUUGAGGAUGCCAAGGACCGCAAGCGGUACACCGGCGGCAAUGUGCUGUCGCUGCUCAAGGCAGGGGCCCAGUCCGCCGGAGGAGGAGGAGCAGGCGCAGGCGCAGGCGCAGGCGCAGGCGCACGGGCGGCGCCCAUGGGGCCCAAGGGGCCCAAGGCCAAAAUCGAGGCGGGUUCCAUCAAGCCGUCGCCCGCGUCCACCGCGCCCUCCAGUCGUAGCAGUAGUGUGAGUAAUGGCCGCGGCGGCGGCAGCAGCAACGCGGCGCCGCCGACAGGCCCCAAGGCAGAUCGGGACCGUGCGUUAAUGACGCGGGCAAAGCCACAGCGUGACGCCAAUAGUGACGAUGGCGACGACGACGACGGCUACUCCCCACCCGCGGCAUCGUCGCCCGUUGGGUCGCGUGCAUCUGCCGGCGGCUCUGGCUCUGGCUUUGGUUCUCUGCCCCGUAAAAAGCCGACGCCCGCGCUGCUGCCGACGACAUACACUGUCGUUGACCGUCCCGGCCGGCCGCCGACGGCGCCGUCCGAUGUCGGCAUGGGCGGCAUCAAUGCGCGCGGCGAGCCACUGCCCUAUGGCGCGGCGUCGUCGUCGCGGCCCGUCAUCGUGACAAGCAGCCCAAGCAACGGCCCUCCCAAGAAGCGGCCGCAUGAGGGCAGCUCGCCCAGCGACGGCCAGCCGAUGAAGAAGGCAACGAAGCCACCGCAUCCGUCCCAUCCGCCUCGCCGUCCGACAGAUCCGUCGGCCAUGGAGGUGUUGGGAAUCGACAACAAGACGAGCGCCGGUGGUGACAGCAAAGCGCCGUCGCAGCUACCACCGAGGCCCGCGCCAAGACCGCCUAUGCGUCCACCCAAGAAACGGGCCGUUGACCCAUUCAUCAAGAAGAAGCCCAACAACAAGCGGCCGUGA